AUGAACGCGCUGAGUGUUCUCGACGAGGGAGACCUGAUGGCCUUCCCGUGCCAGCUGCCGGUCAGCCAGAGGUCGACAACGGUGAUGCUGCACAGCGAGCUCCUGAGGAGCGGGGAGUACGUGGUAUGGGUGUGCCUGAUGGGGCUCGUGAUGCCGCAGACGGUGCUUUGCCAGGCGGAGCUCACGGACCUGUGGUCCCUGGUCUGCAAGAGCAACGUGAUCAUCCCUGUGUUUCGAGAUGUGACCCUGAACUUGCACUCCGAGGUGGAGAAGAUGGUAGCGUGGUUCCCUCCCAAGAACUCGACCUUGACACUGUCCCUCCCGCCCGACGUCAAGCUCAAGAAGUACAUGAAGGGCAUCGGGAAGGAGGCCGCGGCGACGUGCGCCCUGAAGCACCGGGAGCGGAGAGCCUACCUGAGGGAGCAGGUCAAGGCGCUCGCCGCCCUGGUAGGGUCUGAGCCGGGCAUGCUUGGACCAAAGCUUCCGAUGGUGCUCGCAGCGUGCAAGCUAGCCAAGCAGGAGAUCGUCUGGUACUGCCAGCACUCGGCACAAGGGUCGGGGAAGCGCCAGGGGAAAGGGCUCCCGGAGCCCAUCCUGCUGGACCCGGUGAUCACUGUGCUCAUCGGGGAGCUGGACGUGCUGGUGUCGUCCAUCGUGAGGUACACCAGCGUCAUCCAGAGGUACUACAUCGAGUACCUUAAAGGGGCGCACCUCACUUCCCUCCGAAGGCUCGUCCAGGCCGCCAUCGCGCACACCAACCUGCCGGACAAGGUGUCGAAGGAAGACCUGACCAGGCUCUCCGGCCUGGGGGGGCACUUGGAGCGGCUCAACCCGGAUGCUACGGACGACGCCGACCUCAAGGAGUUUCGGUGGGACUGCUACCGACUUUUGGGGGUCUUGAGCGAGCCGGGCGCCAAUCUGAUGCACGACAUGCAGAUCUCGGAGAUGAUGCGGCGGAUGACCCGCACGAUGGAGCACAGCGAGUUCGUGGACGGGCUGGAGUCGGUCCUGAGACAUCAGUGCGACGUGGCGGAAUCUUGGUGGUACUUCGAGAACGUCCUCAAAGAGAACGCCAACCGGUGCUUGUACGCGGAGGACUCUUCGUCCAAGUUUGCGGCGUCCUAUAUCAAGGUGCUGGGCAGCGCCAUCAACAACGUGCACGAGGACUGUCCGGACGAGCAGCUGAUGAUCGGCACCAAGUGCGCCGACCUCGCGGAGAAGAUGGCGGAGGCGAUCGCGGCCAGGGUGGAACACCUCGUGCGCAUGCUCUGCAACAAGGCGGAGAGCCUGGAGGUGGCCACUCUUCCGCACGAGGCCGCGAACAGGGCUUACCGACAGCAUGCGGCAACCAUGCAGGCCAAAAAAUCUGGUGCGGUUGCGCUCGCGGAGCCCCUGCCCGGCAGGGAGUCCGAAGGCUGGAACAACACCACCGUUCCACAGGGGAUUGUCGUUUUCGAUCGCCUCAUCGUGCCCAAGGAGUACGUGCGCGAGAGGCUGCACACUUUCUUCCGGAAGCACCUGUACUCCAUCACGGUGUUCGACGGAGGUGUCGUCGAGCGGCCGACGGUUACGCUGAGGAAGCUCAUGACCUGCUCGGCGGUCCUGCAGUCGGCGCUGGCCCGAACCGACAUCGAUUCCGCAGCAAUCAUCCGACAGGUGCUGCUGGACGAGUGCACCGACUGGUCCCGCAUCCACGGACACUCCCGCAAGGGUUCCCACACGAAGGAGGGGCUCGGGAAGAGCGGGGGCGCCGCGGGGGGGCCGAAGAACGUUCUCGACAACAUCUCGGGAUGGUACUUGAACUUGCUGAAGACGAUAUCCCCCGGGGGAAGGAGCAGCGGGAUCGUGUACGUGCCGGCGAGACAGGGGUUCGUGUCGUCCUCGAGCGCGGCGGCUACGGCGGCGAGCGGCGGGCCGCCGGUGGACCUGUUCUUCGACCUGCAGGAGCUCAGGGCUCUGUGCACGCUGCUGGGAAGCGGGGGUGCCCGUUCCGUGGAGAAGGCUGUCCUGGACUUCGUCGCCACAAGGGUCCGAGAAAUGCAGCUGACUAUGACGGCGAAGCAGACAGUCCUGGAAGAGUUCCGAGCGGCGUACUCGACGAGCCAUUGGGAAGACGCCCUGAAAGCCGUCGGAAACAUGGAUUCUUUCGUUGAAGAUUCCAUCGCCAUCGGGAAUGCGCUUACCCUCCGACGGCUGCUGAAUGAGGCAUUGGGCAGCGUGUACGAGGGGACGAUGCCUUUCCUCAGGAAAACGGUGGACCUGGGGUGCAAGGCGAUCGACGCCGGCGCGGGGGGGCGAGGCAUGGACGCCUUCAAGAGACUCGCGGGAGACUUCGGACUGCCCUUCAAGUACGAGGACCACUCCCUCCUGCUUGCGCUCGAUGGGUGCAUCGACACACCCGUGUGGUCGUUGCUGCCGUACGCCUUCGCCGCUUCGUUUUCGUCGGAGUUGUGGCGAAAGUGCGAGUACGUGAGCCGCCUGGGAGUCUUCAAGAACAACGAGCACGUCAUCGUGACCACGAUCCUCGACUUGACGAAAGCCUUUUUCGGCGGAGGAGGCGUUGGCGACGCGGGCGGGGACCGGGGACCAACAGGAGGGGGAGAGGUGGCGGUGAAGCAAGCCCUGGAAGACUACGUGAAGACGGCAUCUUUCGUGCUGCUGAGGCUCAAGAUGAGGCAUCACUACGGGGGGGACGGGUCUUCGGGCUUGACCCCGGGCGGGGGUUUCAAGUUUUUCUGCAUGUACGCCUUCCUCGACAAGUUCGUCGAACAGUGUCCACAGGUGGAUCGGAGCGUCCUGGAAGAGUUCAUCCCGUACGCGCUCAUGCACGCCGGCUACCUCGACAUGAGCCGCUCAGCGUUGAUAUAAUAUUAAGAUUUAGAGCAGCCCUCACGCCCGCCCCUGUCGUUGCAAAUCGGUUGCCUGGUGCUGUGCAGCGUUUUCUAGAAUGUUCGUCUUGCGGCUUGGCUGCGUUCUCUCAAUGCAAGCGGGUGCCACGAGGCUUGAGCCGCCCCAGGUGCACUGGGCGGCUUCGAGACACACCGUAUGCAAAUGUCUCUUGUAACCCUUGGGUGCACACUCUGUCUGUACAUCCUCCUUUUUCUUUUUUCGUGCUUGUCUGUUUUGGGUCAAGAGUAGUUCGGUUGGCGUGUGGCUAUAUCACAUUGUUUGACGUCACGGACAGCAGUCAAGGCCCGGACGGCCUACGUGUAGUACCGCUGUGCUAGAAAGCUUUCCAAAGGUGUAGCACGUACUCGUGUUGGCAGCUAGCUGACCGAUCGCAGUCCUUCGGGCUGUACCUGGUGCCGUGCGCAUCGGAGCAUUUUCCGGCAAGGUUCAGAGAUCUGCACGCGGUGUUGUGUGAGAACGCUCGGAUGGAAAGCCUUUAAGCUCCGGUGUAAUCCUGUAACAUCGAACGUGUCUGUCGGAGGUUCUUGGUUGCAAGUUUAUUGUUGUAGUUGUGUUGUAAAUCGAAUGUACGCGGAC